AUGUUUGCCAUGUAAGAGAUGUCCUCUGGAAUUUUCAACUUGAAAAGGAUCUCAGGUUACACUGUUACUCCCCUCUUUCUUCCUUAACUCUCGCUUCUCACAAACCGAAAGUUAACCACUCGCGCGAAAGGAUGGACAGUACGCAUCUGCUGAGUGACCAGGAUGAAGUCCACACUGGCCCAUCAUGUCCUGCCGGAUCUUAUGCAGAUCCAAACACAGUGGCAAAUGAUGGGGCGACGGCUCCUCCUGCAGAUUUGAUGCCUGUUGUUCCUGGAUAUGAAAGUUUGGGACCUAAUGUUAUUCCACCGUCAGAUUUUGGAUCGGUGCAGCCACAAGCCCCAUCCAGUGCUCCAGAGAGACGCUUUGACAUUCCUGCGAUCAGUGAAGAACUUGCACAGGAGGCCUUCACGAAAUAUGUCACCAGCAAAUGCUGUUACAGCUCUAAACCAGCCAAAGAGAUGGUGUUCACAGACCUGCAGUCCCUCAACACAUAUCGGUACCGAUUGGAGACUUUUACAGAAUCUAGAACAACAGAGUGGGACAGUGAACCAUACAAUGGUCAGGUGGUGGAUGGAUUUGGAGCGGCCCCCGGUCCAUGGAGUAUACCUGUGCCCGUCCCUUCCCUCUUUAAAGACUGCGAGAAAGCCGUCCGAGUUCCUCACACGUCUACUGUCAAAGGUUGUCAUUCAUGUCUGAAUCUUGGAAGAUCUGCAUGCAGAAGAUGCGUAAAUUCAGGCAGGACUCGAUGUGGACCGUGUAAUGGCAUGGGUUGGACUCAAACCAGUCAACGGCAACGCUGUACGAUGUGUCAGGGCUCUGGCAUGAUUAGAUGUCAUUCCUGUGGAGGAGUUGGUUCAGUUACCUGCACAACAUGCAAAGGGCAAGGAAAGCUCCUCUGCUUCAUCAAACUUAAAAUUACAUGGAAGAACAACGUUCAUGUGGCUGUGAUUGACAAGCGUUCGGGAUUCCCUGUUGAACUUCUCGAACAAAUUACUGGAGAGAAACUUCUAACUGAUAUGGCUCCAAUGGUUUAUCCAGUGGUCGGGUUCCCGGACAGCUCUGUGAAUGUAGCGUCUGAAAGCGCAGUGAGGGAACACCAGGCUCAGUUCUCCACCACUUGUCGUAUUCUGCAACAGAGGCAGACCAUUGAGCUAAUUCCUAUCACAAGAGUGCAUUACACCUGGAAUGAAAAAACCUACAUUUAUUUUGUAUAUGGAACUGAACACAGAGUUUACACCAAGGAUUAUCCUGCUAAAUGCUGCUGUUGCUCCAUCCUUUAAACAUGCAGUAAUGGCUGCCUGUGCUGUAGCUUCUGCCAGAUGUUAAAACAGCUAUAAUAUCAUCUUCAUAUUAAUAGUUUUUUAGUACAUAUUUGAACACAUUAUAAAGAAAUGUAAGCAAACUAAAAAAAGAACAUGCAUUUAUAUGAAUCUUAAAAAUGUUUUUCCCAAAAUUGUGUUUAUGUAUCGAAAUUCAGACAAUAAAACUCGCAAUUCUGCUA